UGCCGGCCGACACUUGCCACUGUUUCAGGCAAGGCCAUAGAAAUUAAAGCGGCGGCGAAGCAAAGGGACCCGGCCGGCCGGCGUCCAUGUCGAAGGUGACGGUGCUCAAGGUGGACACCUCCUGCGCCAAAUGCAAGCGCAAGGUCCUGCAGGCCGUCACCGGCCUCCAUGGUGUUGACAAGAUCGAGGUGGACUCGGAGAAGAGCACGAUGACGGUGACGGGCACCGUGGACCCGGUGGACGUGAUCGUGCAGGCGAGGAAGGCCGGGAAGCGCGCGUCCGUGCUCACCAUCGGCCCUCCGGCGCCGCCCAAGCCGGCCGAGGAGAAGAAGCCCGCUGAGCAGGAUAAGAAGAAGGCGGAGGAGAAGAAGACGGCGGCGGCGGGAGCGGAGAAGAAGGCGCCCGAGACGCCGGCCACGGUGUUCGUCCACCACGUCCCGUCGUGGCCUCCGUGCCCCAGGUACCAGGAGAGAGUAGUGUACGAGCAGGACCCCCCGCCUUGCUCCAUCAUGUAAUGUAACUAUAUACGGAUUUGACCAGGAGUAUACAUGUUCGUUUGGAACGUAGAACGCAAGAACUUUGUAAGAUCUUGUUCUUUUGUAUUCUAUAAACUUAUAGAUGUGCCAGUGUCAUGGUCUGCUGGCACCGGGACAGACA